GUCGCGACAACAAUCUCGACGAUCGAGCGGCCAUGGCCGAACUAUUGCUGCAGCGGUUGUCUGUCUACUAAGUAAGUAAGUUCUUUUGCCCUCGGUUGCCAAUAUCGGUUUACUGGAUUUCGUCUUGUAUUCUCUGGUAGACUAGGGGAAAAAGCCACUCGGUCCACGCUGUGUGCUUCGUCUUUUCGAUUGAAUCUGACUGCCAUUGUUCCACGACGACAAGAUCACCCAAGUACAAAAUCGCUCGUAGUUCACUCACAAUUUCUUAUAGUAGAUGUCGUCUGCUCGUGGCGGUGGCCUGUCGUCUCGGUUGCUCUUUAUAGUGAGACGAACGUGUAAAAGUCGUCUGCGUCUGUUAGCGACUUUGGGCGGUCAACCUGCGGUUAGCUAUUCAGCCGUGCAUGAUCCAGAUCCACACAUGGAGGAUUUGAGCUCUUUCCCGUUAUUUUUCGUUGCUUGAUGAAAUGUUCCUGUUCGCGUUGGAAUUCCUAAAAAUGAAGCCGAACGAGGUAGAUUACCCUCACGAACUUCACAACAAUGAAUGAUAUUCUGAGUAAGUAACUUCUAACUAGCUGUGCAAGAUUAUGAUUAAAUGAACGAACACUAAAAGGAUGACGAUCAACCACGCCCAUUUUCAACACACUUUCUCUGCGUUCGCUGCAGAACCUUUGAAUACUUACGACCCACCCGGUGUACUACGACGGGACGCCCUUCCAGCUGCCGAUUUAGAUCCUGACGCGUUGAAGCCUUUUGUCAAGUUGUUCAACAAGCACGUCAAACGCGCUGUUGCAGACAGGCCAGCCUCGGGCCUCUCAGCCAGUACGGCUUCAGAUAGCACGAAAUCGAAAGUAUCAGGAUCGUCGAAUUGGAAUAGUACGUCGUAUGGUGGGAAAGAGGCGCCACAACCACCGGCGCUUCUUCCUGCGCUCGAUGUCGGAACGAUCUUGCAGAACGGCGGCGCAGACGCACUGGAGACGUUGCAACAUGCGCGACUACUUGGACAGCUCGACCGUUCCAUGCAGGUGAAUCUCGGCAGCGAAAUACUGUGGAAAACAGCGCGCGCGACAGCGGUUCAAGUUCUCGAGGACAUGCCGGGUCUCACUCGCGCCGAACGCAAAGAGCUUCUCACCAAGCUAGAGGAGUACGAUAAAAGCACCAGAGAGGUUGAGCGCACAUUCGAUGCUGAAGAGAACGGUCUCCACGAUAAAGACGAGGAUGGGCAAGAAUUCUUAGGACGAAAAAGCGAUCAUCUUAAGCGGCAUCACCGGACAUCCGAUUUCGCAAGUAGCACACGAGCCAAGAAAACCCGAACUGUGCCAUCAGCACCAUCCGACGGCAAGGUUGACUUCACAUCCCAGCGGCGACUCUCGCGGGAACUGGAUCUUGCACUUGAGGACGACGUCCAUGAAUUUGCGACUGCAAAGGACUUCGGAUUGGAGGAGAAGGGAGUUGAUCCGCCAACCAGUAUGGACGCUGGAUCACAUCAGACAGUUCAUCUUGCGGCUGCUUCCGGUGAUCGCAAGAAGAUACAUGUCACGAAAUUUCUCGAGAUUGCACCACCAGCUGAGCGCGGAUCCUCUUCGUCCUCUAGGAAAAGACCAACGCAGUUCAUACCUGCUGAACAGCUUGAGUGGCGUCGACAUGCACCGAUUAGUAGCAGUAGAUCUAUGAACAAGAACAACAACAAUCAAUAUCAAACUUCUUUUGCUGAUUCGACUGGCCAGCCACCUACGACGGAUGAUGAUCAGGUUGUAACAACAAGUCAAGAGUCUCCCUCUACCUUCAGAUGGAUGGUCGAUAAAGUCGGUCAUAAGUUUUCCAGGAUAUUUGGAUGGCACAAAAAUGCUGCAGCUCCUGCAGAUCAACACUCAGAGACCCCAGAUGAAGGUGCUACGGCAGAUUCGACAGACGGCGAAGCGGGGACGAAAGAACAGGAUUCCAUUGAUGUCGCUCUGCAGGAUGCUGUGAAGGAAAUCAUACCACAAAAGUAUCCUCCGGUUCGCGUGAGAAUGACCGCUGAGCGGAGCAUGCUAGAAGACCAACUUGCGCGACCAGAAUUGAUGCCAAAAGCACGAAAAACUCAAAAGCAGGUCGAAGAGGAGGCGGACAAAGAGCAAGCAAAAGAAGCCAAGGAAGAAGAAGACGCAGGCGAGGAUAACGGAGCUGCGGAGAAAAAAGAGAGCAGUACUAUUUACUUUUACUUUUGUGUGCAGAAAUGAUGAAGAUGUUUCUUUUCGGUUUCCGAGUAUAUUGUUGGCCAAGUAAUCAGCACGGAACUCCUGCAUUGCGACUGCGGCUGCGCUGUAGUUCAAUGGUAUGAUAUAUUCUUCUUAAUUGUGUCUUGCUCGACAAUCUAGAUCGUAUGCCACCCAGAUGUAACACAUAAUCUAGCAUCACAGGUACGUCCCAGCGCCCACCAGCUACAACUGCGGAGGCAUUGGCUCUUCCUGCGGUGGAACGGUUUGAAAAGUUGGGCUUGAUUACGAGCGAGAUUAAAAGUAUGCGUGAUCCUGGUGACUUCCCGGACCCCCUUUCUCUUGACGUGAUGCUCAAGGCUUUGAAUGUAGGGGACCGGCUCAUUCCACGCCAUACUACGGUACAGUCUGCGUGUGAGGAGUAUGCAGCAGCGCGAGGAAAGAUCCGCUCGUUCGCCGCUACCUGUCGGGCACUCGGAAACACAUUCAUUCGGAAGACGGACCCGCUGCUGCUGGCGGAAAGCGGGCUACGAGGAUGCGGUCGGACGGUUUUAGACACUAAUGGGCUAUGCGAGCAUCCGACAGACCGGCUGUCGUGUGAUGGCGUCGAGGAGAUGGCGCGAAAGAUGGAUGAUGAGGUGUUGGAAGUCUGCAAUGGUGAGGUGACACUGGAUGCUUCGGGCACAGCGAAUGCCCCACUCUUGCCGGCGCCGAUAGACACAUUUCUAGAAGCAGCCCGGACCGAGCAGGACUUUGCUGUGGCUGCAGCAUGACAGAGCAAUAGUUACAGAGUAGAUACUCGCGAAAAUCCUGCUCCUUCAUCAUCUUGCAUUAUUCAGCCGCACCAGUGCAUAUUUAUCGUUAUCCCAGCCCUCUCCCGCAGUUGAACACAAAACCACACUUGGGCGGACCAUUCUCAAACGCAAGGUAGCACGACCACACCACUGACCUGUCUCUUGUUUUCCUAGAAGCAACACGAUCAAAACAGCCACUGCCAGAGGGCAAGCCUUAUAGUAUGAGAGGCUGCCCUCCCGGCUCCGUUGUCAAUGUGUCCUCACCACAAAGACGGUCAUGAAUCCAAAACCAACGUCCAUGCACACGCAUGACCGAGCUUUUUCCGGAAACAUGAUGAAGAGAAGAGAGAAACAGAAUGACAAGAGUUGAAGAAUAGGCGCCAGUUUUGUUCAGUAUCUGCAGCUCGACGACUACAAAAAGGUUAUUGCAAGAAAGCCUAAUGGAAAGAGUAGUGGAGGUGGUCGUUUGAGUUACUGGAGGCGUUGGAAUGAAGAUCGCAUGAGAAAUGUCAUGACAGGUUACGUAGUU